CGCUCCCCCCUUCCGCCUCCUCCCGCUCCCUCCCUCCCUCCCUCCUUCCUUCCUUCCUUCCUUCUCCCGUCCACAGUCUGGCACUCUCCCUCCUCUUCGUCCCCAGCUGCCUUUUUCUCCAUCCCUUCUUCCCUCUCCUCCCCCCUGCUGUCUGUUCCACCCCCACCCCCUGCUCUGGGCCUGUCGGCUCCAGAGGGGAGGUGAGCUGAGCCGAGCCAGCCCCCAGCCCCUUUGCUUGGGCAGCGACUGUGCGGCGGGACCGCGAGCGCCCCCACCCCUCGCCGCCCACUCUCCUGACUUUGUCACGGGUUGUUUUCCCCAAAGCCCCAGCCCCCGGAGUCAAGGGGAGAUGUGAGGAUUGCUGCCUUUGUUCUUAAAAGAAAAGUACGUUUCUAGCCCUCGCGGCUGGGCAGAGAGCUGCAAAAUGUGACCUCAGGGCACCCUCGAGAAGCAGGCAGCAAACAGACCCCCCCCCCAAGGAGUUUUACAGAAUCUCAUGAUUUUAAAGCCAAUCUCAUGAUUUUUGGUGACCUGGGAGCCGAAGACCCCCCCGGACCCCGUGCCGGAGCAGGGAUCUCCCCCCACCUCAUGGAGAACAUCCACGAACUACAGCACCCGCUGCUGGCCAAGCCCCGCGGGGGUGCCCCGGGGGGGGAGACGCAGCGGGAGCAUCCCGGCUUCUUCGCUCGGCCCGGCUGGAGGCGCCUGCCCCCGCCACCCCCCGAGUUGGCCCAGCAGCUCCUGGACGCGAGGACCCUGCAGAAGACGGUGGAGCCACUGGGCAGCCCUGAGCCAGCCCCCGACCUGGGCCCCACGUGGAAGGCCGGGGAGCCCCCCAGCUGGAGGAAGCAGGGUUACUGCGAGACGGCUUUCGGGGAGCCGGCCGAGCGCCCCAAGAAGCUCUGCCUGGAGAAGGACAUUCACACGGUCUGCUGCGAAGUGGGCAACAGAGAGCUGCUGCCUGAAUUUGAGAACGACUCGUCGAGCGAGAGUGACAGCGACAGCGACUUCGCCCUGAAGUUGCCGCAGGAUCACCUCGGCCUGGCCGUGUUCUCCAUGCUCUGCUGCUUCUGGCCCCUGGGCAUCGCCGCCUUCCACCUGUCCCAGCAGACCACCAGGGCCUCAGCCAAGGGCGAUUUCCCGGGGGCGCGGACGGCCUCGCGUCGGACCUUCGCGCUGGCCGUGCUCUCCAUCCUGCUGGGCGUCUGCGCCUACAUCGGCGCCGUGGUGGCACUCAUCGCUUACCUGUCCGACAAGGGGCCCCCCUAGUGCCCCCCUGGGACCCACGCUGCCACCAGGAGCCUGGACUGGGGGGCCCCAAGCUGCCCCAGGCCCCCUGGACAUGCCCAGUGCUGCGGGGGUGGAGGCCAGCAGAGAGAUUUGGACUAGUUCCCUCCCCCCGGCAAGAGACAUGGGCCCGGACGCCUGGGUUCACCAGGAGCAGGAGUUGGGAGCCUGAUUCGCGGUGACUGACCGGACCUUCCCGCCCUACUCUUUCUUGUGUCCUCCUUCACGCCCCCCCACUGUGUCCCCAUUUUGUAUGUCUCUCCCCCCCACCCCGCUCAGGGUCAUGCUCUGCCCGAGGGGCACGUCCCCUCCAAUAAAG